AUGAAUACUAGCGACGCCUUUGUCAAUACUUCGAGUUAUUCGCCCGUCGCCGCGUCGGUGAGGAUGCCCGUCAAUAGAUACGACGAUAUGCUUACCUUAGAAAAGUUUCUCGCAGGUGUAUUCCCAGCCGAGCGCAAAAUUCCCCGACGAACAAAGGACAAAAAUACUCUAGAUAUGGAUGCUUUUAGUGUGAUUUACCGGCAUCACUAG